AUUAAAUUUACCGGAUCGUGACAGCAUAAGUUGACCUGCAGCCCCUUCAGAGCAUGAAAGCUGUUGCUAUCGACUUCUCCAAGACAUUUCUAAUUCAAUACAAUUCGUCAUACUUCCAAGGAUGACCAACACCCUGCUGGAAGGCAGCUGCUGCUGCGGCGCAAUUCAUAUCAGGUCUACCGGUGAAAUCCAGGCCAAGGCUCUCUGUCACUGUCUCGAUUGCCGUAAGAUUACUGGCUCGGCGUUUUCGACCAAUUUUAUUGUCCCAAACGAGGGGUUCUCAGUGACAAAGGGCUCGCCCAAGUCGUUUAGCAAGAAGGCCGAAAGUGGCAAUUUCAUCACUUCUAACUUCUGUGGGGACUGCGGCUCUACGCUUUGGCGUCAGAGCGAGACGUUCGGUGAUACCAAAAUUAUUAAAGUUGGUACCAUUGAUGGAACUGCUAUCGAGGACAUCAAACCAACAAGUGAGCUGUUUAUUGCCAACCGCAUAUCAUGGGUAUCACCUGUUGAAGGUGCUGAGCAAAAUCAAAACCAGUAGACACAAUCC